AUGAUGGGCGCCUGCAUGAGCUCGAGCAGUGAGGAGACGGAGCAAAAAAAGAGGAGCCAGAAGAUAGACAAGGACCUCGAGGAGGACUCCAAAAGGCUACGACGGGAAUGCAAGAUCCUGCUUCUAGGCUCCGGCGAGAGCGGCAAGUCGACAAUUGUCAAGCAGAUGAAGAUCAUCCACCUCAAGGGCUAUUCGGAUGACGAACUGUACAACUACCGACCAACCAUGUUCAAGAACCUGAUCGACUGCGCAAAGGCCGUCGUUACUGCAAUGCGCCAGUUCGAAAUCGAGCCACAACUAUCCGGCAACCGUGAGCUAUGCGACUUCCUGAUCGAUUACAGCGUCGAGGCCGGUCCUCAGAUCGAGAUGGACCCUAAGGUCGGCCGCGCCAUCCAGUCGAUAUGGAACGACCCGGCAAGGGAGCAGUUGAUGUUGCGACAGACCGAAUUCUACCUAAUGGACUCGGCCGAAUACUUCUUCCAGCAGGCCAUGAGGAUCGUCUCGCCCGACUACCUACCCAGCGAGAUGGACGUUUUGAGAGCUAGGACAAAAACAACGGGCAUCUACGAAACGCGCUUCCAGAUGGGCCAGCUGAGCAUCCACAUGUUCGAUGUCGGCGGCCAAAGGAGCGAGCGGAAGAAGUGGAUCCACUGUUUCGAGAACGUGACGUCCAUCAUCUUUUGCGUCGCCCUGAGUGAAUACGACCAGGUUCUGAUCGAGGAGAGCAGCCAGAACCGGAUGAUGGAAAGCCUGCUGCUCUUCGACUCGGUGGUGAACUCGAGGUGGUUCAUGCGGACCAGCAUCAUCCUGUUCCUCAACAAGGUCGACAUCUUCAAACUGAAGCUCAGCCGGUCCCCGCUAGGCAACUACUUCCAGGACUACUCUGGCGGCAAGGACGUGAACAAGGCUGCAAAGUACCUCCUAUGGCGCUUUAACCAGGUCAACAGGGCACACCUGAACCUCUACCCACACCUCACGCAAGCGACUGACACGUCAAAUAUCCGUCUCGUGUUUGCUGCCGUCAAAGAGACCAUACUCAACAAUGCUUUGAAAGACUCGGGCAUUCUGUGA